UGUUCUGUGCUCCGGGCUGGUACGCGUACUUCGCGCGUGUUCUCCGGAACGGGACCAGAGCGAGCAGAGCUGUCAGACAGAUUUUCUUCAUAUGACCAAGAAAAUGGCCAUCCAUACCCCAACCUGACAUAUCCCCAGUUCAGAAACCUCAAAGAAGAGCGCUGCUUUGCCCGACAACCUGCAUAUUAAUAUCAUAUACUAUUGCCAUAUGAAAUUGAAUAUGGCAGAAGAAGAGGAUUAUAUGUCUGAUUCCUUCAUCAAUGUCCAGGAAGACGUCAGACCAGGAUUACCAAUGCUGAGGCAAAUCCGAGAAGCUCGUCGAAAAGAAGAAAAGCAACAGGAAGCAAAUUUGAAAAAUAGGCAGAAGAGUUUAAAAGAAGAAGAACAAGAAAGACGUGACAUUGGGCUGAAGAAUGCACUAGGCUGUGAAAACAAAGGGUUUGCUUUGCUCCAAAAGAUGGGAUAUAAAAGUGGUCAGGCUCUUGGCAAGAGUGGAGAUGGUAUUGUUGAACCAAUUCCUCUCAAUGUCAAAACAGGGAAAAGUGGCCUUGGUCACGAGGCGUUACUGAAACGGAAAGCAGAGGAAAAGUUAGAAAGCUACCGAAGAAAGAUCCGCAUGAGAAGCCAAGCCGAGGAGCAAGCCGCCGAGCAGUUCCGAAUGCGUCUGAAAACUAAGCAAGAGGAAAUGAAGCUGGAAGGAGAUCUGAGGAGAAGCCAGCGGGCCUGUCAGCAGCUGGAUGCCCAGAAGAACAUUCAGGUUCCCAGGGAGGCAUGGUACUGGUUGAGGCUGGAGGAGGAGACUGAGGAAGAGGAAGAGGAAGAAAAAGAGGAGGAUGAAGAUGAAUAUAAGAGUGAAGAUUUAAGUGUACUGGAAAAAUUACAAAUAUUGACUAAUUAUUUAAGACAAGAACAUUUGUAUUGUAUUUGGUGUGGAACAGCCUAUGAAGAUAAAGAAGACCUAUCUUCAAAUUGCCCAGGACCAACUUCUGCAGAUCAUGAAUAAGAUUUAUUUCCCAUAAAGUGGAACCUAUAAAAUGUUAAUGUUUCCUAGAGAUGGAUAAUUCAGCAGUUUGAAAUUCCAAAUUUUUUUGGAAUGCCAGUGAAGAAAAGGGUCCUUUACAUAUGUUUUGUUCUUUUUGUACUGUAGAGGAUCUACUUUGUAUUUUAGAAAGUAAUAAAUUGUUCACUAACUUGGAAAAAAUAAUGCAAUGCUAUUUUAGAACAUUAAGUGUCAUACACAUAGAUAGUUAGAAUUUGUGGCUGUAUUUGAUGCUUGUGAGGUUUAAGGACACCAACAAGUAACUCUCUUAUUCCCCUCUUCACAUUGGGGCACAGUGAGAAAUAAGAUGGGGGUGAGAGG